CGCCGGCUGCGGCCGGCCGGGCUGGGAGACCCGCGCCGCGGAGAAGGUGAGGGGAUCUGGCGGGCAGCUCCGCGUAGCCCGGAAAAUGAGCGCUGGGAAACCUGCCUGCGAGCGGACCCAUGAUCGAAGGACCAAAGGAGCCGCGUGAUCGCCAGACCCGGCCCCGCGCCCCCCGACAUGGGCCAGACCUCGGUCUCCACGCUGUCCCCGCAGCCCAGCAGCGUUGAUGGACUAGACAAAGCUUCCAUAGCAAACUCAGAUGGUCCAACAGCAGGCUCCCAAACACCUCCCUUCAAGAGGAAGGGGAAACUCUCCACCAUCGGUAAAAUCUUUAAGCCUUGGAAAUGGAGGAAAAAGAAGACCAGUGACAAAUUCAGAGAAACCUCAGCAGUAUUAGAAAGGAAGAUAUCCACAAGACAAAGUAGAGAGGAGCUGAUAAGAAGGGGCGUUCUUAAGGAGUUGCCUGAUCAAGAUGGAGAUGUAACAGUUAACUUUGAAAAUUCAAACGGGCACAUGAUACCCAUCGGAGAGGAAUCUACCCGAGAGGAAAAUGUAGUAAAAACUGAAGAAGGUAAUGGCUGUGUAGCUGAAAAAGCGCCACCUCUGGAGGAAAAGGCAGAAGAUAAGAAAGAGAACACUGAAAACCACUCUGAAACAACGGCAGCUCCUGCUCCACCUCCUCCUGCUCUUCCUAAGCCUAAACCCAAACCUAAACACAAAAAAACACCUGGGCUUCCAAAAGAGGCUGCUGCUGGGGCAAGCCCCAAGGGUGACGAAGCGCCUCCUAUUAAAAAAAUUACCAAGGCUCCUGGUAAGCAGGCCCCCAUCCCUCCACCCAAGCCAGCAAGCCGAAACACGACCCGAGAGGCUGCUGGUUCCUCUCAUUCAAAAAAAACAACUGGGUCCAAAGCAUCAGCUUCACCAUCUACUUCCUCCACCUCAUCUCGUCCCAAAGCUUCAAAGGAGACACUUUCUAGCAAAACAGGGACGGUGGGAAUCACAAAGGGCAGGAAAAAAACCGGCAAGCAGCCAGCCUCUCGACCGUCCUCCGAUGCAACCACUUCUGGCACGUCCGACCUUAAAGGAGAACCUUCAGAGACAAGGGUGGAGAGUCUCAAACCUGAGCAGACUGUCCCCGGGACCGACGAGCAGAGCACAGGCAAAUCCAAGGCUGCAGUCCCUCCACCCCCCGUGGCUCCACCACCUCCUCCCCCCGCCCCUCCGCUCACUCUCGAGCAGCAGUGCACUGUUACCCCAGACACACCUGUUGUCCUGGUCAGCAAUGGAGCUGACCUGCCCGUCCCUGCCUUAGACCCAAGUCAGCUUCUCUGGACCGAAGAGCCAGCCAACAGAACCACUGGCCUCUCAGGCACUGGCAUAAGUGUUAGCAGAGAAAAUGCAAAAUGUUUUACAACCAAAGAUGAGCCGGGAAAGGCGGCACCUCAUCUCCUGACUCCUGGGCUGGUGGGAGAAUCUUCAGAAUCCUUCAGUGCCUCGGAGGAUGAAGGCCAAAGGGAAUACCAGGCCAAUGACUCUGACUCCGAUGGGCCUGUCUUGUACACUGACGAUGACGAUGAUGAAGAGGAUGAGGACGAGGAUGGCAGUGGCGAAAGUGCUUUGGCAAGUAAAAUACGACGAAGGGAUACUCUUGCUAUCAAACUUGGCAACAGACCAUCUAAAAAGGAACUAGAAGACAAAAACAUCUUGCAGCGCACAUCUGAAGAGGAGAGGCAGGAAAUCCGGCAGCAAAUUGGAACCAAGCUUGUCAGGAGACUUAGCCAGAGGCCUACAACUGAAGAACUAGAGCAAAGAAAUAUCCUAAAACAAAAGAAUGAAGAGGAAGAACAAGAAGCAAAAAUGGAACUUAAGCGCAGACUCAGCAGAAAGCUCAGCCUGAGACCGACCGUGGCCGAGCUCCAAGCUCGAAGGAUCCUGCGGUUUAACGAGUAUGUGGAAGUCACCGAGUCUCCCGACUACGAUCGCCGGGCGGACAAGCCCUGGGCCAGGUUAACGCCUGCAGACAAGGCAGCAAUAAGGAAAGAACUAAAUGAAUUUAAAAGCACAGAAAUGGAAGUUCAUGAAGAGAGUCGACAGUUUACAAGGUUUCACCGUCCAUAACGAAGUGUGAGACUCUGGAAACAUAGACUGAUCAUCUUUGGGGGAAGCCUCUCUUCCUGAAAACCUGAUAUUGCACUGGGAUUUGAAUGUGUGUGUUUCCUUUUAACUGGGGAAGGAAGUGUAUGGAAACUGCUCCCCACCUGUACAGCCAAGAUGGGGCCAGUAAGCAAGGGGACAGGUGCAGUGACUUUGCUGUCCAACGUGUGUACUGAUGGUAAGCAACACCACAGUUACACCAGUUAUUCUCCAUCAGGAGUUUUAAUCAAAGAAGAUGAGCAGAAGACAAUCACUGGCUCCCUGUUACCAGAAAGCCAAAUUGUAGAGUGCAGAUUAAAGAGAAAUGGGGACUGGAAUUGCUGGGCACUGGAAAGGGGUAGGGGUUGAAAAUCAGAAAAAAAGAGAAAUAUUUCAUUAUGUUAAUGAAGAAAAGAAAAAAAUCAAGGCAUAAAUAUUUUUGAAGUAGGCUUUUGGUAGCUGAGAACUUAUUGAGAGAUUUGGGAAUCUAAUCACCCAAUGUGGAUUCCUUAAAGACCUGAUCCUAGAAGAAUAUUCUCAUUUCACCGUUAUGUUGGUGCAGUACAGUACCGUUAUUUUAUGUUUUGCCAGUGAAUCCAAUUGCCAGAAAUAAGUCCGAGUGUUUUCAUGCAUCUUUUUCUUAAAUGCAAGAGAUGUUUAUUGACUCUUAACAAGCAUGAGUGCCCAAAUUUUGUUGCAUGUUUCAAGUAACAUAGCUAUACACACUUUUUCGUUUUUUACUCCUAAUCUAAUAUACCAAACUUCUACAAGGAUAACAGAAAUGGGAAUAAAGUCAGAUGAAUGUGACCCUAUAAAUCUGUAGGAAGCUCUAGAAAUAAAUCUUUGGGUCUUUCCCUAGCUUGAUUAUCUUCAAAGUCAAAGCAACCUUGCUUGAUCUAAGGAGGAUAAUAUUGACAGUCACACCACCUUCUUUAAAAAAAAAAAUGAGUCCAAAGUUAAAACUUAAGCAAAUCCAAGUGUUCUGCCAGCAGUUAGCUCUGAGUGGGCGCAGAAAGGACUCAUUUUCAAGGCUGCAUUAAGUUGGAUUGCUGCUAUUAAAAAUAUUAAGUACAUGGAUUAAAAAAAAAAAAAGUACUCACCCAAAGGCUUAACAGAACACCGAAAAUUUCUGCUAAGUGGCAAGUGAGGAGGACCUUGUCUUAGAUUUUAAGAGUCUGCAGAUUAUAUCCAUAAAUGUAGCAUCGACUUCCAAUGCAAAAGGAUCAGUGGGAUUAAAGUCAUGGAAGUUUUCUCUGUGAGCCUACACUCAGUACUGUUUACAUUAAGACAGCCUCAAUUGCCAGCUUGCUAUUUUUCAUGGAGUCACGGGCACAUCAUGGCUUCUGCUCCUAAGUCUAUAUGAUCAGAUGUAAAUACUCCCUUGCGUUUAGUUGUUCUUUCGUGAUUGUCUUGUGCUCCUUGUAUUAAAAACACACGAGACAUAUAGUAACAAGACAAGACAUAGUGGACUUUAUUUUAUUCUCAGAGCUCGGGCUAGAAUUUUUUGAAAUGUUUCUGAUUCAUAAUAUGGAAGACUGUAAUUUGCAAUUUUAACCAAAAUAGCAAACAUUUAAUCUGGUGGAUAAGUUUGGAUCUUGUCAUUCAUUUAUAUUUUAAAGAACCACUUGAAAUGGAAUGUUUUUUCUUGAAAAUCAAAACUUUUAGCCCCAGUUGGCCUAUUACAAAAAACUAGGACCAUAUUAUAACCAAGAAAAGAAGUUGCACAUAUUGCUGCACUCAGCUAUGUGCAUUAAUAAACUCAGAUUCUUUGCUGCUGUCAUUUUAUGUACAAGAUGGACGUUUGCUUUUGAAAAAACUUUUCUGCAUGCCUAAGUGUCUUACUCUGGCUGAAAGGUUUGUCCAUGUCAUAGUGCCCCGAUCCAGCCAUGGACAUUAACUUUAUUCUGAUUCUUAACCAAAGUCAUCUUUGUCCUUAUAAUAUUAUGAGAUAAUCACUUUUGUGUCUUGGGAAAAAGUCCAAGGAAUGUAAUGUUGUUUUAAUUUUCUAACCUUUAAAUAGUCUUAAUUUCUAGUUACAAGGCCUCUAUAAAAUGCUAAAUACAAGACAUUUAUCACCAUUUUAGCACUUGAGAUACAGGUCAUGACAAGUCUCUGUUUGGUUGAUAAAAGGAGCAAUUUUUUCCCCGUUCAUGGUGCCUAUGAUGCAGUUUUUUAUUGCCUCCAAUGAGAUGCACCCAGUUCAAAAAUGCGACUCUGGUCCUUCAAUAUACUGUCUUGCUUGUAUGAUAUGUCAGAUUUAUGAACUACCCACAUUUUUUCUUCAUACCAAUUGACACAAUUAGAGAAAAGUUUACAAGUUAGAAAUGAAAAAGUCAAAAAUACUACCACCGCUAGUCUAAUAUUUAAGAAUUGGAACCACCAAUUAUAUAUCAUGAGAAUGAUUCUUUAAAUAAAAAGCUAUGGAAACAAAUGGAAGGAAUAUGAGCUAACCUGUAUCUUGCAGAAUAAGGCUCUAUGUUAAUAGCUAAUUUGAGAAGGCGGAAACACUGCAUAUUCACCUGGUAGCCCAUCAGGGGUCUUUUUGGAAGCCCCAAAAGAAUGCAAAGUCUGUGGACCACCCUAGGCCCAAUGCCAGCAUUUCUGCUAUGUAACCAAUAAGCUGCAUUUCUCUGAAGAAAAUAAAUAUGUGCAUGAAUCGGGCUAUUGUAAUACAAACCAGACCUUUCCCUACUUAACAUGAGACAUUAGGCUCACAUAGAGGAAGUGAGUGAGUUUUUCUGAGUCCCCAAGAUAUGAUAAGGGAAGCAAACAAACUCCUAUCCAGGAAGAUCCCAGGCAGGAAAGAACUAGACAGACUGUAAAACACAAAGGGGCCAUUUCUGUCUUUUGAAAAAUUGAGCAAAAGAACAUUAACAUUAAGGUAGUAAGAAGAUGCCCUGGGCUUUGUCUCCGUGGUCUGACAAAAUUAGUCCUCUGGUGAUCAGCGUUAAUUUAAAGCAGCCCCGCCUAAUAAUUCCCUGUGUAUGUGAAAUGUCUUGCAUUUUUUAUGUUUGAUGUAAUUUACCUUUAUGUUCACUCCUUAAAUUAUUUAAACUAAAUCUAUAAUAUUCAGAGAACCAUUUUGGGUAUCUGAAUAGCUGUUCUAAAUGGAGGAAAAAGCAAACUCAUCCGUCUCUCUGAUUUACCCAGAAAAUCAGACUUUCUGGUUUCAUUUUCAUGUCCUUUAUUACCAUAAUGAUUGUAAUUAUUUUUCUUCCUCUAACAUUGGUAGAUAUAUUUCUGUUAGAAAGUUCUGAAAUGUAAGUGGAAAUCUAUUUAAGACAGUAAAGGAAUUGAAUACACCUUUGAAAAAUCACUAAAUAUUAUCAAUGAGAGAUCAUUUCUUAAAACCCGUAUUUUGGGUGUCACACCCUACCAUUAAUUCAGUCUGUAUUGGUACUUUGAAAAAAUACAGUAGCUUACACUUAAAAGAGAAAACAAUCCGCAUUAACGCUGCAUAUCCUGAUAUGUACCACAUUUUAACACAUAGCAGGCAUUGUAUUUAUACUCAGUAGUCAGACAGACACAGCUUGCAAAAAUGAUACCACAUUCACAGUAGAAGACAGCCUUGCCUACCACAUAGUUGUAUAUAUACAUUUAAAGAGUGAAAAUGCUCUUUUCUUCCUUUCUGGCUAAAAAAUUUCUUCUUUAUUAUUCUUUAAGUGGUCCCAGCAGCACAUUAAACACCGUGAGAAGUCUUCCUUAAAAUAGGUGAGAUGGAAGAUAUAUACAUUUAUGUCAUUUCAUCAGUAAGGUAGCUGAAGCAUUCCUAAAUUCCAGCCAUAUUAUUACCCCUAACCUUACUAGUGAAAGUAUAUAAUUUGUGACAAGAAUUGAUUUCUUCAUAUCAUUGGGGUAUGUUGUGAGCAGCAAGGAGCCACGAAGAUGCAGUUUAUUUGCACAGUUGUCCCUUGGCCUCUUGAAAUGGGUUCUGCCCCACUAUUGAGCAUUUUCUGUCUUCUUAUUGGCAGCAUAUGUCACACUGUUUUGCUUGGCAAAUCGGAAUGAACUUCUGGAAAUGAAAUAUGACCUAGAGGGGAAUGCAAUGGCAAAAGUCAUCAUCAGAUUAAUAGGACCAUUUUUCUGAGAGGAAACUCAUCUUUAGGUAGUUCAGAUUCAGAUUUCAAAGAGCUUGGCAGUGACCCAAGGGUGGUGGGGACAAAGGUAGAAUACUCCCAAACCAUUCUCAUUUUCACUCUCCUUUUACUUUUGGUAAAAUUAAGCCUAAACUUUAUAUGAAAACGGAAACCACUGCUAACAUUUCUAGAAGACAAUGGAAGCAUAGGUCAUCAGGUCAUUUUAAAUCAACAAAUCCCAUAUAGAUUCUGCAAGAUUUCUGGCAUAAAAUAAAAUAAAAUAAAAUAGAAGAAUCCUGUGGCAGCUAUUCUCGCCAAAAUCCAACCCUACCCACGAGGGUCAUUUUUAGUGAUGCUACGAUUUACCGCACAAAAAAUGCCAUCCAGCUUGUCGCGUUGCUCACACAAGUGUGCCUAUGAGCAAAGCACUGUUGGUCAGUGUUUCUCGGUGGGGGGUGCCUUUGGCAUUUGGAGCUGGGCAAUUCUUUGUUUACAGAAAUGUACCCCACGUUGUAAGACAUUUAGUAUCCUAAGCCCCUGUUAACUAAAUGCCAGUGGAAUGCCCAGUCACUGUAAAACCAAAAGCCAGAAGCCCUCCCCAGUGUUCAAAUGCCCUCGUAAGGCAGUACCACCUCCCUUGAAUACCCCUGUCUAGUGGGGGUUGAGGACACGCAGGGAGGGUACUUAUUUCCAAACAUGGUCCUGACUGCCUUGCAUUACUUUGGGCCCCGAGGAGUUUCCUUCCCCUUUAUUUUUCAAGCCUUCUGCCCCAGUGAUGCUUUAGUUUGCGAGUUCUUCAGGGAGGAAGUUUUCAGGCAGCCUUGGCCGUGCCAGAGGCCCAUAGUCACUUGGCUAGUCCCUCUGUUCUGUUCAGGAGAAAUUUCAGAUGAAGCAAAGUUUCUUCUCGGUUUUGGUCUCACAGUUUCACUUCAGAACUACACUGUUGAUCACAAUCUUUGUCAGUGUCAUGAGGAUUGAAUUGUACGGCUUAACACACAACUAAUCAUCCACAUCAACAAAACCUGUGGUCCAUGAAAAUCGCCAUUAGAUUUCACCUGGUAAGGUACAUCCCUUGAGUUACAAAGUAGCCACCCAUUUACCCUCUUAAAGAAGCUUUUAAUCUACAUGCAAAUGAUUGAAUUCUCCCUGUAUAAAUAGUCAUGUAGUUCAAUUUUUCUAAACUUCUGAAGUAUGAAGGAAGAGUGGAUUAACUGGAUUGCAUGCAUAUCGUUCCGACUUCAGUCAUGGUCAUACACAAAACAAGAUGAAUUUUACCUAGGUGACACAUUAAACUAUGCGAACAAUACAUAAACAUACUUGUCCUUUGUCACUUUUUAUCACCAAAACUGAAUAGUAAAUAUGUCCUGAAAUAAUUCACAUGAAUGGUGGCUAAUAGAAUGGAAUAAUUUAGCCACUAAAAUUUUAUUAAUUAUUAAAGUUUCUAAAUAAUCUUUUUCGAGACAGAGCAACUCAGAGUCGAUAAAGUUGGUUAUAUUGUGAACUUUUAGAUGGUGCUUAAGAAUUCUUAUCUUGUUAAAUACCAGUAUUUUUUUUUUCUUUUUAAGAAUAAAUUAAAGGGAGUAAAUGAGGCAGAAUGCCACUCCACCCUCAGGUCUAUUUCAUGGUAUAUUAAAAUGCCAAUAACAUUUGUGCCACUUGCCAAUUUAGGGGACUUUUCCCUUACUGGAUGCUUUUAUUAUAGUUUGACUGUAUCAUUGCAUUGCUUAGAGAGCCUUCAGAAAGAGAUGUCACCAUUGCAAUAUAGCAUUUGAAAACAAUCUGAAUAAAUCUAGGGUCAAACCACUUUCAUUACUUAAAAUAUAGGCACUAAUUCUUAUUUUUACUUUUUUAAAGAUUUCUUCUGUGGCUUAGAAAUGUGCCAAUGUGUUCCAAACAUUCUGCGCCAAUUUUACCAGAUUUAGUACCUAGCAAAAACCUAACCUGUCCUUUUUUUCUAUGUAAUAGUGAUCUUUGAAUAAAGAACUGUAUGCAUUCUUUUGUUAUUUCAAGCUUUGGUUUAAGUGGUUAAGAAUGGUAAGCUGUGACCGUUAUCAGACUGACUGACUGAUUCCUGAUUUCCAGUGAGUGAUCUGAUUCUACAUAUUACACAGGUACAAUAUCUGUGAGUGUAAAUAACUGGAACUGUACACUGAUUAACACAACAGUUUCUCUUUUUGUUGCUGUUCUUGAUCUGUACUGUAUUAUAGUAUAUGGGUAGAAAUACCUCCAAGUAUCCACAGAUAUGUAUAUGUAUUCCACUAUUGCAACCGGAAAGACAUACUGUGUAUUAUCUUUUUUUAUUCCUUACUGGUGUUUGUGUUAUUUAAAAAGCAAAAUUAUGCUCUAUUUAGUUGUAUAAUAUUAUAGGAAACUUUGCUGUGCACAAUUCCAAGUGCCUUAGAACAUUGUUUAGCUUUCUUAAGUAUAUAUAAAUGCAUAUAUGUAUAAAAUCGGGAAAAGUUACCUCAAUAAAAUAAUUGGGAAAUCCCCAA